GUCCGAGAAGAAAGGGAAUCCGAAACCCGACCAACUUGAGACACAGCGAGUCACCCAGAUGAUAGAUGAGCCAGAUUAACCUUAGGAGGAGAGUCUUGACGCCAAGAAUUUAGGUAUUCGUGAUCACUAGUCGGGUUGCGGGCGCUUCGUAACACCCAACAAAUGGAGAACGACGAAACCCGUCUCCAUCCCCUGGCAAGGCUGCCCAUUUUACCGACACUGCAUGGUUUUUGAACAGCUAGAGGUAUAUCUACCUUGCACUAAGCCAAGUGAACAGCGACACAUUCCUCAACCGAACUUGAGUUCCAAGACGCCAUCGACUGACUGCCUCUACACCAUCAUCAUAGCACCUCUCUCAGCACUCAGCUUCUAUCCUAACCAGGUGCAUUUGCCAGCCAACUAUCAGACAAGCUGCUUGAGGCGCAGAUGGACCCGGUCUCUAUCGCCUCCGCUGCAUUCGCCCUCGCCGGGGGCAUCAUCAAAUGCUCGGUCUCGAUAGCCCAAUUCGUUCGCCAGGCCAAGCACGCACGGAAAGAUCUCGACAGGGUCACCACCGAGCUUGCAGUUCUGUCCGGCUUACUCACUCCGCUUACUGUGGCUCUAAAUCUGAUAGGAAACCAGGCCAGCGGGCUUCUCCCCCGUGAGCAACUCGCGCAGAUCGGAGGUCCUAUCAAGGAAUGCGACUUGUUAGUAACCCGCAUCAACGAAUACAUAAGUCUUUUCAAGAACGAUGCCAUAUGGACAAGGGCAAAAUGGGCCAUGUGCGGCAAGGAGCAUGUUGAGGAUUGGUGCGAAAGUUUGGAAGUACACAAGCAAUCUCUCAACUUGAGCCUUCUCAUACUCUCUCUCUCCGAUACUCAGGAAAUUAGAAGAGACACUACCGAGAUCAGAGGAACAAUACAACGGAUGCACAAAACUGUUCGCGAAAUCCGAGAUCGAGUCGUCGUCCCACGACGAAGUAGGUCAGCGCCUCUAGCACGUCCUCCAAGAGAUGUCCAGCAAUGGGUGGACAACAUCUCCACCUUAUGGCUUAGGUCACCUUCAGGGUAUGGUUCUGAAUACCGUUCCACAAUACCGACCCGAAUCCCGUCCUCAACGGCUAGUCGCUACUUCAGUCUCGCGGGGAGCGAGAAUGAAUCGUCUGCAUUGCGACGCCAACAACCUGCUAGGCCAGGUGAGCUCGAGAAUUUCGAAGUCUUUCAGGCGCCGUCUCAGCCGCCUUAUCUGCCAUCUUCCGAGCUACCGAGUAUCAACUGGACGGAGAUAUAUAACUCGCCUACUAGCAGCCAAAAUGAAGCCCGGCUUCGGUCUGAAGUCAGCCAGGCGCCAUCUCAGCCGCCUUUCGAGCUACCAAGUUUCAACUGGAGGGAGACAUAUAACUUGCCUGCUAGCAACCAAAACGAGGCCCGGCUUCGGAAGUCAGGGAUAAGUGGUACAUAUGUCCAGUGCUACGGUACUUUGGCCUCAUCUUCGGCGCCAAGAACUACCAUAGCGCAGGCUUUGCCUACUUCUCCAGUAUCAGACAACCUUUCCGUCUGUGAACCUUCCGCCUCUCCUUGAAUCCCUAGCAUUUGUCUGAGCUUCCAAUACGCACCCCCAAUCCCGCCACCCUCACCUUUCCCAUCAUCAACUGAUAUCUCUACCUCCAUUUGUUCUUUGUUUCGGCAUAUUGCCUGUCUUGCCUGGGCUGGUGAAAUGGGCACACUUGUUGAUGCCAUAAUCUCCUAUAUCAUCUCUGUCACUCUACGUCCCCUUUCUGUACGCUGUCGGAUUGUAUUUGGACUGCCCUUUUCAUCGAAAGUUGCGUCCAAAGGGGUCUCUAUACGGCUGUUUUCAUACAGAAAUUGUAUAAAAGUGCUGUCCUUUGGUCGGUUGCUGUGCGGAAAUGCAAUAUGCGACUGCCGCAUCCGGGACAGGGUCAUAUGUAAUAAAAUAAUGUACAUUUUCAGUAUGAGAUACCCACCAGUACCAGAUGUCCUCG